GCGACAAGCGAUGGACGACAUCCCCGGCCUUGUGAAAAUCAGCGUCUCCCUCAAAAUCCAGCCCAACGACGGGGCCCACAGAGGCUGCCAGCCCACACGCUGGCUCCAGGCUGCCAGGGAAGGGGGACCUGCGGGGCUGCUGGAAGGCUGGAUCCUGUCUCUUUGCAGGACGAUGGGCAUCGGUGGUGUCAAUGUCCCACUGGAAGAGAAAUCAAGGGAUGCACAGGUCGUCUCUUACACAGGGAUCUACGACACAGAAGGGGUGCCCCAUACCAAAAGCGGGGAGAGACAGCCCAUCCAGGUCAACAUGCAGUUUAACGAUAUUGGAGUUUUUGAAACAGUCUGGCAAGUCAAAUUCUACAACUACCACAAACGGGAUCAUUGCCAGUGGGGAAACAGUUUUGGUAGCAUUGAGUACGAGUGCAAACCAAACGAAACGCGCAGUCUUAUGUGGAUCAAUAAAGAGACCUUCCACUGAAGAGAUGUGAAACCAAUACUGCUGGACAAUUUCCCUAAAGAAAAAAAAAAUCUACCUUUUUAAACCAGCAAGAAGCCUUAAGAAAGGCAUACUGUAACGUUGCUUUGUUCUAUAUGGUUCCAACAACUACGUUGUAUAUACAGGUGGUGCCACUGAAAUCUUUGCCUAUUACUGUAUUUUAGGUUUACCAUGGCAUCUGCAAUAUUCUUUAUCUGACAUCCUGAGAAUACUGAAAAGUUCAUGGUAAAGAAUAUUUGAUAGCUGGGUAGAAAGUCAUACUGUCAUAAAUAUUUGGAUUAUACCCACUA